AUGACUGUCCUCUUCGUGCGCACACGGAAAGAGAGAAAGUCGGCAGCCACCGAAGCAAAGCGGCUACUGCAGAGCGGCAUGUUUCUUCGAGACCACCAUCCACACCACCACCACCACCACCACCUCCACCAGCACGUCGGCUCGUCCGUCACCUCCUCCACGCAGAGCGCAAGCAGCAGUAGACGGACAGCAAAAUGCAAACUGAAGAAGCAGGUCACCGAGGAGGAAAUGUACCAGCUGAGACUCAAGAUCAACGGCCGGGAGCGGAAGCGCAUGCACGACCUCAACCUGGCCAUGGACGGGCUGCGCGAGGUGAUGCCGCACGGCACAUGGGUGUUGCGGAAGCCUCUCUCAUCUCCGCUGCUGCUGGCCAGAAUGUCCGAUGUGCAGAUUACAAGUUACGAGAUGAAGCGGCUGGUGGGAGAAAUUUACGGCGGGCAGCACUCUGCUUUCCACUGCGGGACCGUGGCGCACGCGGCAGGCGCGAGCGGACACUCGACGUCCCGGCCGCGGCCGCCCCUCCACCCUCUCGCCGCAUCCUCCACGUCCUCCACGCUGUCCAGCGCGCUUCCCGGACUCACGUCCAUGAGGGCGCCCCACGCGCUGCUGUCCGCCCCCUCCUCAAACCCUGCCCUCCGGGGUUGGGUGGGUCCUUGGGGUCCUUCCCCCUGUCCUCAGCUGAUUCCAUCGACUAAUGUUUAA